UGCAGUGUGUACGUCCAAAUCUAUCCACCCGUCACUUCGCUGUCAUUAAAAACCGGAAGCCCGACCCGGAUCCGAUUUCUCAGAAUCUCCAAUACCACCCAAAUCUCUUCUCUCCCCUCCACUCUGAAGAACUGGGAAAAAAUGUACUCGGCGAUUCGGUCGCUUCCUCUCGACGGCGGUGAGUACCAUGGACCCCUUGACGGUACUAAUCUUCCCGGCGACGCCUGUUUGGUCUUAACCACUGACCCCAAACCUCGUCUCCGGUGGACAGCGGAGCUCCAUGAGAGGUUCGUUGACGCCGUCACGCAGCUCGGCGGUCCCGACAAAGCCACACCAAAAACUAUCAUGAGAACAAUGGGAGUGAAAGGCCUCACCCUCUACCACCUCAAAUCACAUCUCCAGAAAUUCCGGCUAGGGAGGCAAGCUUGCAAAGAAUCAACUGAAAACUCCAAGGAUGCUUCUUGUGUUGGGGAGAGUCAGGACACAGGUUCAUCUUCAUCGUCAUCACUUAGAAUGGCAAAGCAGGAGCAGAACGACAGUGGUUACCAAGUCACUGAAGCUCUACGCGCUCAAAUGGAAGUCCAAAGAAGACUACACGAGCAAUUGGAGGUACAACGGAGACUCCAGCUGAGGAUAGAGGCACAAGGGAAGUACCUACAAUCGAUUCUUGAGAAAGCUUGCAAGGCCUUUGACGACCAAGCUGCUGCUUUAACCGGCCUGGAGGCAGCUAGGGAAGAGCUAUCAGAGCUAGCCAUCAAAGUCUCCAACACCAGCUCUCAAGGUACAGGAGCACUCCCGUUCUUCGAUGCAACAAAGAUGAUGAUGAUGCCAUCUUUGUCUGAGCUUGCAGUAGCAGUAGACCACAAAAACAACAUCGCAACCAACUGCUCAGUUGAAAGCUCUCUGACUUCUAACACCAAUGGUAGCUCGGCGGCAUCCAUGAAGAAGCGGCACCGUGGAGACGAUGUAGGCCUAGGGUAUGAGGCAGGGUGGGUUUUGCCUAGUAGUACCAUUGGAUAAAAGAAAGUUUAGGACCGAAGAUAUCAACUUGGGUGGGGGAAAAGGUAGAGAUAAGAUUUAACUCUUCUUUACUUUGCUUUUGGAAGGAGGGAUUGUAUUAUUCGAUACAAAACUUUGUUCAUCAACAUUUCAUUGUUAGCCUACUUAUGUUUGUAUAUAUUUGACCUUUGCCUUUUGUUA